UGAUAAAUAAAAUAGAGAAAAUACUAGACAAUACUAUUAUUUCUAGUAAUGAAUUAAUUAUAUAAAUAUGACUGCAAAAUUUUAAAUUAUUUAUUACAGAGUCAGUGCUUCUAAUUAACUUAUUAAUAAAAAGUUAUAUUAUUAAAUUUAAAUAAAAGAUGGAGGAAGAGCAAUUAGAAGAGCAACAAGUAACGAUUCGCUGCAUGGAUGAUGUAGAGCUACAAGUAAAUAAAAAAGCUUUAGAUUUCUAUCCAACUUUAUCUGCUUCUCGAGCUCGAUUUUAUGCUGAUGGUGAUGAUAAACCAAUCGAUUUACAAGAUGUUGAUCCAGAAAUAUUUAAUGAAAUCAUUACUUGGAUGAACAGACAUCAGAAUGAUAAAGGCCGAGUUUCACUUGACAAUUUGGAGGCAGUUCAAAAAACGACGUUUACCUCUGCAGAUAAAACUCAUUUAGAAAGCCUCCAUCCUAUGGUUUUCAUCCAAAUUAUGAUUUUAGCUGAUAGAUACAAUCUUCUAGAUAUACUAGAAUAUUCAGCUCAAAUAGCAGGAGGUAUUUUUGUAAACGUGGGAGUACAAGGAUUGAGAGAUAUAUUUUUUGAAGGUGAAAGUGGUUUUACUGAAGAAGAAGAAAAUAAAUUACGUGAAGAAAAUCAAUGGAUCGAGGAACUGUGAAUUUUAUUAAUCAACUAAAAUUAAUUUAUUGUAAAAAAUUUUAAUUAAUUUAAAAAGAUCUAUUGAAGAAAAAAAAAUGUCUAACAAAUUUGAUUAAUAAAU